AUGUCGUUAAUGAAUUAUGUAAAACGUGUGUUUAUUUAUCCUAUAAAAUAUUCAAAAAGUGAACAUUAUAAAAUGGUGUUAGUUGUAAGAUCAGACAUAACCAUGGGAAAGGGAAAAACUGCUGCACAAUGUGCCCAUGCUGCAGUAGAGUGUUGUCGUCAAAUAUCAGCUAAUGAAAAAUAUCAGCAAAUAUAUGAAUCUUGGUUAUUUCAAGGUCAACCUAAAAUUGUAUUACAGAUAUCUGAUAAAGAGAAGUUAAUGUCAUUGGCUAGUAAUGCUCGUAAAGCUGGUUUAAUAAUUUCUAUAAUAAAAGAUGCAGGUAAAACACAAUUAAAAUCUGGUACAAUAUCUACUCUUGGAAUUGGGCCUGGUCCAAAGCACUUGAUAGACGAUCUUACUUCACAAUUAAAGCUAUUAUAAAUUUGAAUAAGAUUAUUAUUGUUAAAAGUGUAUAAAGAAAUAAUUAGUUGGCAUUAUCUAAAUAAAUUUAUAAUUGAUUUGAAA